AACUGGCAACUCGGAGCUCAGUUUCACAUGGACAGGAGGGCUGGUGAGGGGAGCGCGUUUUCGGCGAGGGAAACACUCCGUAGAAAGCAGGCAUCCACCCUUCGAAGAAACCAUGGCGACCCCAGAAGGAACCGUCGUGGGCCUGCAGAAAUCAGCCAUUUUCCGCAAGCAUAAUCUGGUGGAGACCCGAUACGCAAACCUCGGCACAGCAGGACAGACCAGUUAUACUCGUCGACUGGCCUACUGCAAGGUAGAGGGACAGCGGAGGCCAGGAAUUAUCUACAUACCAGGAUAUUUUGCGCCGAUGAACAUUGCCAAGGCGAAUAUUUUGGAGGCGUUCUGCAUCAGGACCGGGCGACCAUUUGUCAAGUACGAUGCCGAGGGUGUCGGUCAGUCCGUCAUCCCAGACGUAGAGGAGGUCUCCUUCACAAAGUGGUUCGAAGAUGCUUGUUAUGUGGUGGAACACCUGACAGAUGGACCUCAAAUGCUGGUGUCUUCCAGUAAUGGAGCGUGGAUGGCUCUGCUGAUGGCCUCCAGAUACCCGGAUAGAAUCCACAGCACACUCAUGAUCGGUCCCGGCGUCAACCAGUGCAUGGACGAUGACAUUUACGAGGGCAUUCUAGCGUCACUGGACAAAGAGACGGCAGCACGGGUGCGCGCCGGUAAACCGAUGCGCUUCAAAGCCAACUGGGUGGGGGAGGUGACAGGAUCAAAGAAGUUCCUGGAUGAGAUGAAGGCGUUCCGCAUCACCAAUGAACAGCUGCAUAACAUCAAGUGUCCCGUACGGAUCGUCCAUGCCACUGAUGACUCGUCCGUGCUCUGGGACAACUCAGUCCGCCUGAUGGACAUCAUCGGCCACCAGGACGUACGGAUGUACCUGAAGAAGCGCGGCGACCACCGUAUGCUGGCGGACGAGGACCUCCACCUGCUGUUGAUUGCUGUACAGGAGCUGCUGGAUAGUUAUCCUGUGCCUGAUGGCCCUCCUGCUCCUCCGAGUCCUCUGACGGUGUCGCUGAAGGAACUGAGGGAGGCGGGAGUGAUUGGAGAGAGGAGGGAGAGGGACAUGAGAGAGACGGGAAUGGGAGGCGAGAGAGAGCAGAAGAGCAAGCUGUAGAUCAAGCAAGCUGUAGAUCAAGCAAACUGUGGAUCAAGCAAGCUGUAGAUCAAGCAAGUUGUAGAUAAAGCAAGCUGUAGAUCAAGCAAGCUGUAGAUCAAGCAAGCUGUAGGUCAAGCAAGCUGUAGCUGUAGUGUAGCAACCUCCCCUUUUCACAUCGGUGUGAAAGGAAGAAGAGCAAGCUAUUGAUGCAACUCCAGUUUAACUUAUCAUUGACAAGAGAAGCCAAAGGUCAAACACAAGAUGUGCAAGGCUCGUCAAUUGCUCGAGAAAGAAGUGAACACGGGUAUGAGCUUGAGCAGUGUCGUGAGUAGGAUAGAUGACCGGACUGGUCUAUAUGCGACUGCAUUCAGCAGACCGAGAGGACGUAUCCAAGAACCUACUUGGCGAGCAGGCGGCACAAUAUUCGUAGGGGAUCCGUUGGAUAAGUGGAGGCUGAAGUGCGGGAGUGAAUAGGAAGGAGGGUGAAGAGAUUAGUGGCUUGAUGUCCUGGCGAGCUGACAUCACUAGUCAGAGAUGCCAGAUGGAAUGGGAGUGUUUUAUGUGUAUUGAUGCGUAUGUUGGAGAGUCAACCAGCCAGUUCCCUCAGAUAAGAACUACACAGAAUGGAGAUUGGAUAAUGAAGCAAAGCGAAGUGUUUGGUAAAGACGGAGAAGGUGUUGAUGCAGCGCUCAAGGUGUAGUGAAUACGUGAUAGAGCUGUUUCGUGUGUUCAUGGUCCAAUGCAAGUAUAUACCGUGCAAUAACUGUCGGUGUUAGUUAUUAGCUCAACGGCCAACUAUUCUGAUUUCUGAUGUUUAGGGUUAAACUAGUUUGUGAAUUAGUUACAGCUGCAGUGAUCUAUUGUCGUGUUGUGUUGGAUUGUGAGAAAAUGUAAUAAUUAUCAUGUGUCAUGGGAAAACAUGUGUACAGCAAAUACAUUAUAAGAUAAAUA